CGUAACGUUAAUUAAUCAGACACUAAAUGUGUAGGCAGCUGACAGCCAGGGUAUAAUAGACCGUGCUAACCUACUACAACAUCCUGUUCCAGUUUUAAAUCACACAAUGUUGAUCAAAGUUGGCUUUUUUCUUGUUCUAUGUUCAGUCACCCAGGGGUGGUGGUGGUCAAAAAGUAAGCAAGUUUGCUACGGAACGUACGGGUGUUUCUCUACGGCCAAACCAUUCGACAACUCCAAAGGCAACACACCCGAUUCACCAGAAAAGCAAGGUAUCAGUUUUUCACUGAACACAAGACGAGGAAAAGGUCAAACUAUCAGAGUAAAUGACCAUUCUAGUAUCAGCAAUAGCCAUUUCUAUUCUGGUUUUAAAACCAUUGUCAUUAUACAUGGCUACAUGGAUAAAAGCUCACCAUGGAUUCAGCGAAUUGUCGACGAAAUUCUGAAAUUUGAAGACGGCAAUGUCGUCGUUAUUGAUUGGCAAAAGGGCGCUGCUCAGUCAAAUUAUUUUAAAGCAGUGGCUAAUGCACGAGUAGUUGGUGCUGUGGCUGCUCAACUUAUCAAAGAUCUGAAGUCAGUUGGUGGAAUCAGUUACUCCAAUGUUUAUGUCAUUGGACACAGUCUGGGUUCUCAUAUUGCUGGAUAUAUUGGAGAAAUUAUACCAGGGUUGGGACGAAUAACUGGUUUAGAUCCUGCUGGUUUGGGUUUUGAAAACUAUGAUGUCACAGUCCGAUUGGAUCCUUCUGAUGCUGACUAUGUAGAUGUAAUACAUACUGACGGCGAAACACUUCUUCAUUUAGCUUUUGGUAUGGCUAAGGCUGUUGGAGAUGCGGAUUUUUAUCCUAAUGGUGGAAAGGAUCAACCCGGAUGUAAAAAUACUGGUGGUAUCUUCUUAGAGCUCCUUACUGGUAAUUUUAACAAAUUGAUCGGCAAUGUUGCCUGUAGCCACAUGAGAGCGAUCGACCUCUUCACAGAAUCUAUAAAUGGAGGGUGUACAUUUAACUCCUUUCCCUGUAGUUCUUGGUCCAACUUUAAAAACGGUCAAUGUACAAGUUGUGGCAGUGGUUGUGCUGUCAUGGGAUACCACUCAAAGAAACAAUCCCGAGGAUCGUUUUACCUACGAACUUCAGCAGAUGAACCUUACUGUGUAAAUUAGCUGACGAAAGCGUGAUAUUCUUUUCUCAUAAUACCUGAAUUCAAUUUUAAAACUAAAACAAUGUUCAUUCGUUUCACCAUAUUUUGCGAGAACAAAACCCAAGCAUAAAUUCUUUUUAGCACAUAAUGCGAUAACAAAAACAGCAUAUUUUUUUUUCAGCACAUAUUGCGAAUAUUAAACCUUGUUUGUUUAUUAAAAUUUAAAUUAUA